AUGAGGUUAGAACGCAUCGCUCAAGCGCAAGGAGAAGAGAAGUGGAUCGCCGAUCUGAGGACGUACCUGACAGGGGCCGUAGCCGAUCUCACCGCGAAGGACGCCCAAUCGCGUGCGAAGAUCGCCGACUCGUACGAACCGAUGAAGAUCGCCAGGAUCAAGCAGCAUUUCCACUGGAGAGGCCUGUUUCGUGACGUGCAACGAUAUGUGGGUGAGUAUGUGGACUGUGAGACCGGAAAAGGAAGACCUGCCAUUCAAGGAAGAUUGCCCGGAAACCUGCAGGCCACGUACCCGUUCCAGAUCAUUGCCAUGGAUCACAUCCCGUCGCUACCGAAGUCGUACAAAGGAAACACAGAGCUUCUAAUCUGGGCAGACUUGUUCACCGGUUACGUGCUCGUGAAAGCGAGUGGCGCCCGAACGGCACAGCAGAUCGCCUAA